CAUCGGCGAUUUGGAUGUUGUAAUUUUCUUCCGAUUUAAAGGAAAUUUAACCGUGUAAUACUUAUCCGCAAGCAGAACAACGCUCUAUCCAGUGUACUUCGCCUCUACAAUCAAUUGUUUCCUCCAUCAUUCGUGUUCUUCAGUCAACUUCGGCGUUUUUUUAACGAGACGCUGUAGCAAGCAUCCCUAACCUCAACACUCGGAAAAGCGCUUUCCACAAUGUCGCACACCAUCCUUCUGGUACAGCCGGGUCAGCAUCCUGAGACACGCACCUACAGUGACUAUGAAAGCGUCAACGAAUGUAUGGAGGGUGUGUGUAAGAUCUACGAGGAGCAGCUGAAGCGGCGCAACCCAAACACACCCACCAUAACCUACGACAUUAGCCAGCUUUUCGAUUUUGUCGAUCAGCUCAUAGAUCUUAGCUGCCUUGUGUACCAGAAAUCUACCAACACGUACGCGCCGUACAACAAGGAGUGGAUAAAGGAGAAAAUUUACGUACUAUUGAAACAGGCAGCCGGCAACACUGCGUAACAAUGAUUCUAUCUCUGCGCCACUUUUCAGUUUCUACACUUUCUUUUCUUAUAGCUUGUAAGCCAACCAUUAGUAACCUCUUAAUAUCCCUUAAACUCUUCCUGUACGAUGAACUAGCUGAGGCGAAAGUACGAUGCUACAUAUUUUAUAUUCUUUUAUCUUAUGCGUUCGGAUAUCCUUUCCCAACUGCACUUGCAAUGAAUUCGUCCAGAAAAGUGCGUUUAUAUACAAUUUCUUCCCGAGUUAUGCGGAUAGUUUUUUUAAUUUGACAAUUUUCAAAGUUUGUUAUGUUGUCUUUCAAUUUAAAUUGUGGCAAUUUUUCAACACUUGAAAUUGUAUCAGAAUAGAAAAUAUUGUUCUUUGUACUACUUGAAAUGAACUUAGAAUAUUUAUUUUUUAAUGUGUCUUUUAGCGUGAAAAUAUGUAAGCGAUCCCGCAAUACGAUAUACGAGUUUCGCGGGUUUCCCUGGAUCUCACCAUCCACGUAACUUGGGUAAGACUGUAUGGAUAUUCUCAAAAGUUUUCUCUUGAAUUCGUCCCACAGCAUUACUUCAAGUUUGCUACUCCCCAAUCAACAUAUAGUGUUAAUAGGAUAUCAAGGAAAAUAUGCAUUGUAUCGAAAAACAAAAGCAAUCAUUAUGGUUUAGUUUUACAAGCCUGCACUUAUUGUGUCUUUUUUUAAAUAUAACAGGAAAAAUCAGGCAGUACGUGGUCAUAUGCUUCAAAACCCUUUCUUCAUAGUGAAAUAAAUCUUGCUUUCUGUUUGUCUUUACAACAUGCUAGGUCAUACAGCUUUUCCACAUAAUGUUGGCUAUCUAUACUUAUUUUUACCACGUUCAGUUCAGUACAGCUAAGGUGCGUUUCAAGACAAAACUUGUGUGGUAGUGAAGUUCGAACGAUGUUCGAACGCGGCACGAUCCUGCACGGGACUGACCCCAAAGUUAAUGUAGAGCUGUUCGAGAUUAAAAUAAGCAUUCUGUACAAGUAAAUUUGCGUGAAUAUUACUAUGCAUUGUCGUCGUCAGAUAUAGUGUUAUUUGAGGAAAGAGACUAAUAAAAUGAACUGUA